GUAGUGGUACUUCGAAGAGCUGGACAGUAGUACCUAACCUCCUCCGGAUCACCUUAAGCUCCGCGUUUAUCUUUCUAUUUCUUCAACGUGGUGAACUCCCGCCUUUGCUGCCGGUCUAUUUUACGAGUUCCUUCUUCGCCAGUUCUAUUAACGGUCGAGGGUCUGCCGCCUUACCGAGAAAAGGAAUAAGAAGAACGAUUCUCCAUUAACUAUAAUAACUCGUUCCUAUUCUCUCUUUAUCUCGUGACUAACUAAAACGUCUAAGGAAUCUUCGAAAGAUUUUUCUCCAUUUUGUUUCUUCGUCUUUAUUGACAUAAUACAAAUUUAAGUUAAUAUAAGCUCAAAAUUCAAAAGAAUUCGAUUGUCCCGGGAGGUCGGUGUCGUCCCCUAUUGACAGACAAACGUGAUUUUUUUCAAGGAAAAAAAGUGCUAUUAGAAGAAUAAUUCAUUUAGGGACUUCGUUCCGGUACCUUCAACGCAGUAUUUUUUUUCUUCCGAGUAACCGUCUGGAAGAGAAGCAAAUUAAAGAAGAAGGUGGUGGGAGGAAGAGGAGGAAGAGGCUUCCUCUUUUUAUUGAAAACAUGAGUUCUGGGGAUUAUUGGUCUCUUCCUCCUAAACAAGGUCUGUAUGACCCAAUACUUGAAAAAGAAGCUUGCGGCGUUGGAUUUAUCGUCGCUAUCGAUGGCAAAAGAUCUCAUAAGAUUAUUCGCGAUGCUCAGAUACUUUCCGCACGGAUGAAUCACAGAGGUGCAUGUGCUUGCGAUAAUGAUACCGGUGAUGGUGCCGGUGUACUUUGUGCAAUACCACAUGAAUAUUAUGCUGACGAGAUUCGCGAGAAACAGAAUAUUGAGCUGCCUAGUCUCGGACGUUACGCUACUGGCAUACUUUUCCUUGACAAGAAUACCCAUAAGGAAACUGAAGCUGCAUUUGAAAAAUUGGCUGAAGAAUGUAGUCUAAGAGUAAUUUGUUGGCGCGAUGUUCCAACAGAUAAUACGCAAAUUGGCCAAGUUGCAAAAAAAUGUGAACCUUAUAUGCGACAAGUAUUUGUUACGGGUGAUCAAGAAGAUAAAGAAAUUCUUAAACGUCAGAUUUUUGUAUUGAGAAAGAGAUCAUCUCAUACAAUACCUAAACCUGGAUUAAGAUAUUAUAUCUGUUCGCUCUCUUUAAAAACUGUUGUCUAUAAAGGUCAACUUACAGCGGAUCAGUUAUGGUCAUACUUCGAGGAUUUCAAAUCACAAAAAUUCGAGACAUUUUUGGCAUUAGUUCAUACAAGAUUUUCCACGAAUACAUUCCCUAGUUGGGAAAGGGCACACCCAUUGCGAUUACUUGCUCAUAACGGUGAAAUCAAUACUUUGCGAGGAAAUGUUAAUCUUAUGAAAGCUCGAGAAGGUGUUAUGAGCAGUAAAAUUUAUGGUAAUCAACUGAAAGAUCUUUAUCCGGUCGUAGAACCAAAUCUUUCGGAUUCUGGUGCAGCCGAUUGCGUACUUGAAUUCUUAGUAAUGGCGGGACAACGUUCAUUGCCUGAGGCGGUCAUGACUAUGGUACCGGAGGCUUGGCAAAAUGAUCUUACAAUGGCCACGGAGAAAAGAGACUUUUAUCAUUGGGCCGCGUGUUCUAUGGAACCAUGGGAUGGUCCAGCUUUACUGACAUUCACCGAUGGUCGUUACGUUGGCGCUAUCUUGGACAGAAAUGGCCUGCGCCCCUCGCGCUUCUACGUCACUAAGGAUAACGUGAUGGUGAUGGCGUCCGAAGUGGGCGUUUAUGACACACCGCCCAGCAAUAUAACCCUGAAGAGUCGUUUGAAGCCUGGCAGAAUGCUCCUUGUUGACACUGAAGAAAAGAAGAUUAUACAAGAUGUUGAACUAAAACAACACAUUGCGAGAAGCAGGCCCCAUUCUAAGUGGCUUAAAGAACAGAGGAUAACGAUGGAUGAAUUACGUGCUGCUCAUGCCGCUAAUAGUGGUACAUUGAAUAUGGUUGAAAAUGGAUACAAUUCUGAUGUCCAGAAAAACAAUGCUAUCAAUGGUCUUAAUGAAAUUUCGGCUGUCAAUCGUGUCUGGGGUGGCGAUAAAAGAUUGUCUUUAUACGGAUAUACGUUGGAGACCAUCAAUUUAUUGUUACUUCCAAUGGUACAAUCUAAAAAAGAAGCCCUUGGCUCCAUGGGUAAUGAUGCACCACUUGCGUGUUUGUCACAAUUUCAACCUUUACCAUACGAAUACUUUAAACAAUUAUUUGCACAGGUGACAAAUCCUCCAAUUGAUCCAUUCAGAGAAAAGAUUGUCAUGUCGAUGCUUUGUCCAAUCGGUCCUGUAAGCAAUAUUUUAGAACCAAGCGAGCUUCAAGUACAUAGAUUGUUCUUAGAACAGCCAAUUUUAUCUCUCGAUGAUCUUGAAGUUCUUAAGCAAACCAAACACCGUGGAUGGAAAACUAAGGUUAUUGAUGCUACUUAUCCUGUUGAAGAUGGACCUCCUGGUUUGGUAAAGACUCUUAACCGUGUAUGUGACGAAGCUAACGAAACUGCUAGAGGUGGCUAUCAAUUAAUUGUUCUAUCUGAUCGCCAAGGUGGUCCAGAAAGAGUUCCUGUUAGCAGUCUAUUAGUAUUAGGAGCAGUACAUCACUUUUUGAUUGAAGAGAGACAACGAAUGAAAGUUGGUCUCAUCUUGGAAACUGCUGAAGCUAGAGAAGUACAUCAUAUAUGCGUAUUACUUGGUUAUGGUGCAGAUGCUAUUUGUCCAUAUCUUGUAUUUGAAAUGUCAAAAAAUUUAAGGGCGGAUGGAGUUUUUGAUUAUACAUUUACUGAUGAAGUCGUAUACAAGAAUUAUUCUGAAGCUAUGGAACGUGGUAUAGCAAAAGUAAUGGCAAAAAUGGGAAUAUCAACUUUACAAUCUUAUAAAGGAGCACAAAUUUUUGAAGCAGUAGGAUUAGCUGACGAAGUUAUAGAUAAGUGUUUCAAGGGCACUCAGUCACGUAUUGGUGGAGUAACAUUUGAAAUAUUAGCGAAAGAAGCUUUUGAAAGGCAUCAAAUAACGUAUUCUACAAAACCAAUGGAUAUGUUAAUAAUUCGUAAUCCGGGUAUUUAUCAUUGGCGAUCUGGUGGAGAAAAACAUAUCAAUGAUCCUGGAAGUAUCGCUAGUUUGCAGGAUUAUGUUGUUUCUAAAAGCAAUAAUGCUUACGAAAAUUAUCGUAAAAUAUCAAUGGACAUGGUUCAAAAUUGUACAUUGCGUGGUCAAUUAGUACUUAAAACAUUAGAUACGCCAAUAAACGUAGAUGAAGUAGAACCUGCUUCUGAAAUUGUUAAACGAUUUGCUACUGGAGCUAUGAGUUUUGGAAGUAUCUCACUAGAAGCUCAUACAACAUUAGCAGUAGCUAUGAAUCGCAUCGGAGGUAAAUCUAACACAGGCGAAGGUGGUGAAAAUGCAGAUAGAUAUCUUAAUCAAGAUCUAGAAUUUAACAAACGUUCAGCUAUAAAACAAGUAGCCAGCGGUAGAUUUGGAGUAACUUCAAGUUAUCUGGCUAAUGCCGAUGAUCUCCAAAUUAAAAUGGCUCAAGGUGCAAAACCUGGAGAGGGUGGAGAAUUACCUGGCUAUAAAGUCACCACAGAUAUUGCUGCAACCAGACACUCGGUAGCUGGUGUAGGUCUUAUUUCACCACCUCCUCAUCAUGAUAUUUAUUCAAUAGAAGAUUUGGCUGAAUUAAUCUAUGAUUUAAAAUGUGCGAAUCCUAAUGCUCGUAUAUCUGUUAAACUUGUAUCAGAAGUUGGAGUAGGUGUAGUUGCAGCAGGUGUAGCAAAGGGUAAAGCAGAACAUGUAGUGAUAUCUGGUCAUGAUGGUGGUACCGGUGCUAGUAGUUGGACAGGCAUUAAAUCUGCAGGCCUUCCAUGGGAAUUGGGUGUAGCAGAGACGCAUCAAGUUUUGACAUUGAAUAAUCUUCGAUCACGUAUGGUAGUUCAAGCUGACGGACAGAUGCGAACAGGUUUUGAUAUCGUAGUUGCAGCAUUACUAGGUGCAGAUGAAUUUGGUUUCAGUACAGCUCCUUUGAUUGCCAUGGGAUGUACUAUGAUGAGAAAAUGUCACUUGAAUACUUGUCCUGUUGGUAUUGCAACGCAAGAUCCUGUACUUAGGAAAAAAUUUGAAGGAAAACCAGAACAUGUGAUAAAUUUCUUCUUUGCUCUUGCCGAAGAGGUUCGUCAGCACAUGGCGAGUCUUGGCAUUAAAAAAUUCCAAGAUUUAAUAGGCCGUACAGAUUUUCUUCAAGUACGCGACGAUAUAAUUAUUGAUAAAGCGAGAACAUUGAGCUUCGUAAAUAUUUUACGAAAUGCAUUGGAAUUAAGACCAGGUGUGAAUAUUCGUGGUGGUUCUAUUAAGCAAGACUUUCAAUUAGAAAAUAGACUUGAUAACGAAUUGAUUAGAUUGGCUGAACCAGUAUUAAAUGGGAAAGAAAAACGCGUUGAUAUUGAAAUGAAUAUUAACAAUGAAUGUCGAGCAUUUGCAUCUACUUUAAGUUACAAAAUAUCUAAACAAUUUGGCGAAGAUGGUUUGCCAGAGCAUAGUAUUAAUAUCAAAAUGAAAGGUUCAGCAGGUCAAAGCUUUUGUGCUUUCAUGACAAAAGGUAUUCAUGUGACACUCGAAGGAGAUGCUAACGAUUAUGUAGGAAAGAGUCUUUGUGGGGGUGAAAUCGUGAUAUACCCACCAAAGGAAUCAAAUUUCAAUUCUGAAGCUAAUGUCAUAGUAGGAAACGUUUGUCUUUAUGGUGCAACUUCUGGAAAAGCUUAUUUCCGAGGUAUUGCAGCCGAGAGAUUUAGUGUUCGUAAUAGUGGAGCUGUAGUAGUUGUCGAAGGUGUAGGUGAUCAUGGUUGUGAAUACAUGACUGGUGGAUGUGCUGUCAUUCUUGGACUGACAGGACGAAAUUUCGCUGCUGGAAUGUCUGGAGGGAUAGCCUAUGUUUUUGACGUUGAUGGAUCGUUUAAAAGCAAAUGUAAUCCAGAAAUGGUUGAGUUACUGCCACUUAACAACCCCGACGAUAUAGCUCAUGUAAAACAGUUGUUGGAAGAGUUUGUUGAAAAGACUGGUUCACUUAUUGCUAAGGAUUUGUUGAUUCUAUGGCCUGAACCAACAACAAGAUUCGUUAAGGUAUUCCCUUACGAGUACCAGCGAGUAUUGAAGCAAUUAGAAGAAGCCAAACAAGAUCAAUCGAUCCUUAAUGGAAAUUCACAGACUGAUUCCACAUUGAAAGAUAUUGAAGAUGUUGUUACAGAUACAGAAGCAGCACAAAAAAAAUUAGAUAAAAUAAGAGGAUUUAUGAAAUAUAAGAGACACACAGCAUCUUACAGGGCAGUUGAGAAGCGAAUGGAUGAUUGGGACGAAAUUUACAAUUUUAAAGUUGUAAGAAAAGGAUUACGUACUCAAACAGCAAGAUGUAUGGAAUGCGGGGUUCCAUUUUGUCAAAGUAGUUAUGGUUGUCCACUUGGAAAUAUUAUUCCUAAGUGGAAUGACCUUGUAUUUCAUUCCAAUUGGAAAGAAGCACUUAAUCAACUCUUACAAACUAAUAAUUUUCCAGAAUUCACUGGAAGAGUAUGUCCUGCACCAUGUGAAGGAGCUUGUGUACUUGGUAUAUCGGAACCUCCGGUUACUAUAAAAAAUAUUGAAUGUGCAAUAAUUGAUCAUGCAUUUGAACAAGGAUGGAUUCUUCCACAUCCUCCUACAGCAAGAACUGGAUAUACUAUAGCAGUAAUAGGUUCUGGUCCAGCUGGUUUGGCUGCUGCUCAUCAGUUAAAUAAAGCUGCGCAUUUAGUAACUGUAUACGAAAGAAAUGAUCGUAUUGGAGGAUUAUUGCAGUAUGGUAUACCUACAAUGAAAUUAUCCAAGCAAGUUGUACAAAGAAGGGUAGCUUUAUUAGCAGCAGAAGGUAUAGUUUUUAAGACCGGUGUCAAUGUUGGAAAAGAUAUUACUGUUAAGGAAUUAAAAAAUCAGUAUGAUGCAGUAUUGCUUUGCACCGGUGCAACUUGGCCUAGAGAUUUACCAAUUCCUGGUAGACAACUCGAAGGAAUUCACUUUGCUGUUAGUUUCCUGGAACAUUGGCAAAAAAAGCAAAUGGGCAAUGAAACUCCUCUGAAUUUACGACUUAUGGCUCAGGAUAAAGAUGUUAUCAUAAUAGGUGGUGGCGAUACCGGCUGUGAUUGCAUUGCAACGUCUUUACGUCAGGGUGCUAAGACGAUUACUACUUUUGAAAUCUUACCUGAACCACCUGUAAAACGAGCUUCAGAUAAUCCUUGGCCUCAAUUCCCUCGAGUAUUUAAAGUAGAUUACGGUCACGAAGAAGUGGCUUUGAAAUUUGGCCGUGAUCCUCGUCAAUUCAGUACUCUUAGCAAAGAAUUUUUGGAUAAUGGUAAUGGGCAUGUGAGCGGUAUCAAAGCUGUGACUGUAGAAUGGACGAAGGAUUCUGCUGGUCGAUGGAAAAUGGAUGAAGUUCCUGGAACUGAAAAGGUUUAUAAGUGUGAUUUAGUUCUACUUGCCAUGGGAUUCUUGGGUCCAGAAAAAUAUAUUGCUGAUGAGUUACAAACGAAAAUGGAUGCUCGUGGUAAUUAUGAAACCUCCGUAGGCAAAUACAAAACUAGUUUGCCUGGAAUCUAUGCAGCUGGAGAUUGCCGACGAGGGCAAUCUCUGGUUGUUUGGGCGAUAACAGAAGGAAGACAAGCAGCAAGAGAAGUAGAUGCUGAUUUAAUGGGAUCGACUGGCCUUCCUGGAGCUGGCGGAGUUAUAACUGGCGUUGUUGUAUAAGAGGGUAGAUGGAAAGAAAUAAAAGAAAUUUUCAUGGAAUCAUAUCGAAAGCUGUCGAACGAUAAAUGAAAAUCGUUCGGCGCGGAGUGGUCUGCCAUGUAGAGGAAAUACAAGUUGGUUUUUUCAAGUAUUUUAGCAUAGCUAGGAAGCUAGUGAAAAUAUAAAGAGCAGGAAAUAUCAGAAUAUCACAAAAGGAGAUAUUUAAGUUGAAUAUUAAUGAGUAACUUCAUUCGAAAGCAUAUUAACAAGGCUAAAUGAUCUUUUUCUUACAUCAGAAAAUGUUCAUCUUUCGAUUUAAAACUAUUUACUGAUUUUUUGGCUUACUUUUUUUUAUCAUGAAAUAUUUUUUCCACAUUGAGAGCAGAUUAUUAUCAAAUAAUAGAAUCAAGAAUGAAUAUGUAGAUAUAUCAACACACAUUAUAUUAUAUUGAGAUAAUUAAAAAGAAAUUGUCGGAAUAAGACAGGAAAGAAAUUAUAUAGCAGGAUUAUGAAAAACAAUAGGAAGAGAGACGGUAACGUACAUGUUCGAAACGAUACGUUCUUAUUAAUUAUUAAUAGCAAGAUUGAAGUUCCAAUAAUAAUUAACUAAUUAUUUUGGGCCAAAAUAGUCUCAUUCUUUCUAUAAAGAAAAAAUGUAUGUAAAUUCUGUCACGUUAUGUGAUUUAAUAUUAUGAAGUUAAAAAGAAGUAAAAACAUGUGUAUCUAUUUUAUCAUUCGUGAUAAUAUCUUUAAUCGAAUGAUAGUAUGAUGUUAGUAUGAAAAUAAUGUAAAUGGUAGAAGUACAUACGUAAGAUAAUUUAUAAUAUCACUCGCAGUUCGAUGAUUAUUAUUUACUUAUAACUUUGACUGCUGAUGAUCGAUGGUUGUUAUUUUAUUGGGGUAAUAUGUUUUAUAUUGUUAUAAUUAUAUAUUUCUCGAAUAUAUUGACUAAUGUGAUCAAUCAAGUUAAUGUAUUGAUUAGAGAGAGAAUAAUCCAGUAGAAUAAUACAACAGCAGAAGCAGCAGCAAUAUGCAGUAUUUCUUGAGCCUUGCAUAGAGUAGUUUUUUUUUUUAUAACAUAAGAAUGGGUUAGCUAACAAAAGAGAAUACAAGGCGGGCCUUAAGUUUCUAGGAAAUUUUAAAAAUUAAUUGCUUUUUUGACAUUUAUGCUAAUUAUUUUAUAGUCAGAUUAGGAGAUUACAAGUUUAUCUUGUAAGUUUAUCUUGUAAACCAUAGCUCUAAUUACGAGUCUACAAAAUCUCUUAAUUUUUAAGAUAUCCUUUUAGAACUUCUUACCCAUCCCAUAUAAAAAGUGAUUAUGUACCGUCAAUAAUAAUAAUAAUAAUAAUAAUAGUAAUAAUAACAUUGAUGAUUCAUCAAAUCAAGUAGGUAAUUCUAUUAAUGAUCGAUCUGCGUAAUAACAAUUUUGGAAAAAAAUGUAUGCACUUCUUUUAAAUUUGGAAGUAUUCAAGUUGGUUGUGUGUCUCGUAUAUUUUACAACAGUUAUCUCGUAGAGUCCGGUUUUAUUAUAACCGACAUUAAGUAUAUGAUUUGUUUUUAAUAAUUCAUAAGUUUUUCAACGAAUAUUUCAAUAUAUCAUGAUUAAGUGAUCGACUUAUAUAGAAGUGAUACUAGUAGAUCAUUUUUUGCAUACAUGCCUUAAUGGUAUUUGUGUAUAUUCACACAAGGCAUGUAUAAAAA